UCUGAUUCCACGCAGUCAACAUCUGUAAACUAAAUCUUAGAAAACUCUCGCAAGGAUUACCAUGACGAGCAUUUGCAGCAGCAAAUUCCAGCAGCAGCAUUACCAGCUGACCAACAGUAACAUUUUCUUGCUGCAACAUCAGCAUCACCAUCAAACGCAGCAACACCAGUUGAUUGCUCCGAAAAUACCUUUGGGUACCAGCCAACUGCAGAAUAUGCAGCACGGUCAACAGUCCAAUAUUGGACCCAUGUUGUCCUCCCAGAAGAAGAAGUUCAACUACAACAACAUGCCCUAUGGCGAGCAAUUGCCAUCGGUGGCCAGACGAAAUGCCCGUGAACGCAAUCGCGUGAAGCAGGUGAACAAUGGAUUCGUCAAUCUCCGCCAGCAUUUGCCUCAAACUGUGGUAAACUCGCUGUCCAAUGGAGGACGUGGUACCAGCAAGAAGUUAUCCAAGGUGGACACACUGCGAAUCGCCGUUGAAUAUAUUCGAGGACUACAGGACAUGCUUGAUGAUGGCACUGCUUCGUCAUCUCGUCACAUCUACAAUUCCGCCGAUGAAAGUAGCAACGAUGGCAGCAGCUAUAACGAUUACAACGAUAGUUUGGACAGUUCGCAACAGUUCUUGAUGGGAGCCACCCAGUCUGCCCAAUCCCACUCCUAUCACUCCGCCUCGCCCACGCCGUCGUACUCCGGAUCCGAGAUUUCCGGAGGGGGCUAUAUCAAACAGGAACUACAAGAGCAGGACCUCAAAUUCGACUCCUUUGAUAGCUUCAGUGACGAGCAGCCAGAUGACGAGGAGCUGCUCGAUUAUAUUUCAUCUUGGCAAGAGCAGUGAAGGGAUCUUACUGAAAGUCCCCCAAAAAAAACAAAUAUUGUACAAAUUGUAAAUACCCGAAAUUGUUGCCUUAGUGAGUGAAAAACCAAGUUCAAAUUUUACAUUAGCCUCUAAGUUGCCCCAUCUUUUUUUUUAUUAUAUUUUAACGCAAUGGAAGACAAUGAUAUAAAACCACGUAUUUUUUUCAUAGUUAUAAGUUUGUUAUAAGCAUGGAAGACACUAAACUAACUACUUUUAAGCCCAAAAUAAAAAAAAAUAUUGAUUAAUUUAA